AUGAGCCUGACAUGUGUGGCACUGAUGUUUCUUGGCAGGAUGCCCGUUGAGAUGAAGGCUAUCUCGGAUAUGAUCUUGGGGCUCACUGUAUCCCGGUUUUCUUGGAAGAAACCCGCUGAGAAACCAUCCGGUCAUGGAGCUUUGUCUGGAUUUAUUGCAAAGCAUGUCUGUUUGAUCUCCUCAGGUGUAGGGAUUGAGAUCAGCUUGUCAUUGACUUCCAAAGCUUCUUCCUCCUUGUAUGCGGCAUUGAGAUUUCUGUUUAUUUCUUCAAUGAAACCUGGGCUGCUUUGGUCAUUAGUCAUUGCUUCCUCCAACCUCGCCUGA